AUGCAGCUUAUCAGUGCAGUUGUGUUUAGUGCCGUCGUGUCUGGGUGCUUUGGGCAGAACGAGACAUUUCCAACAUGGUUCCUAUUCGGAGCAGCUACUGCCGCUUACCAGAUCGAAGGAGGCUGGAAUGCUGGUGAUAAAGGAGAGAGCAUGUGGGAUAGACUACUGCACUCCACAAAUGACAUAACCCUGGACAGUUCCAAUGCUGACGUGGCUUGUGACUCCUACCAUUUGUGGAAGAGAGACAUCGAAGUGGCUAAGGAGUUGGGCCUUAAUGUGUAUAGGUUCUCAAUAUCCUGGCCUCGUAUCCUCCCGUCUGGUUUCCCCAACCAAGUCAGCGAGGAUGGCAAGAAGUACUACAGCAACCUGAUCGACGGUCUGCUGGAGAAGGGCAUACAGCCUGUUGUGACGAUGUACCAUUGGGACUUGCCGCAGUCUUUGCAGGAUCUUGGUGGUUGGGCAAACCCCCUCAUCGCAACCUGGUUCGGAGACUACGCACGUGUAUUAUACAACCUCUUUGGAGACCGCGUGAAAUAUUGGAUCACAUUGAACGAGCCGCUCGCGAUCUGUGAUGGCGGCUACAACAAGAUGGCCGCCCCGUAUUUAGAUGACAUGAAAAUUGGCGGGUAUUUGUGUAAUAAGCAUGUGUUGUUAGCUCAUGCUGCGGCGUAUCGGGUCUAUGAGAAGGAGUUUCAAUCGCUGUAUUAUGGAAAGUUGUCAAUGGCGAACGUUUUCUUCUGGUUCAAGCCGGAGAAAACAACUGAUGAGGAGGCUACGAAACUUGCUAUCCAAAUGUGGGAAGGCAGAUAUGCUCACCCCAUAUACUCCGAAUCGGGUGGCUGGCCACCAGAACUAGAGAAAAUACUGGCAGAAAACAGUAAGAAGGAAGGUUAUCCAUAUCCCAGGUUACCUCCUUUCACUCCUGAAGAAAUUGAAUUCGUUAAAGGUACUUACGAUUUCUACGCGUUAAACCACUAUACAACCCGUCUAGUGCGUAAGGUUGACCCUGAGAAAGCUGGUUCCUGGCCUUACUACGGCUGCAAGGAGAUCGGCGUCGACUUUGUGAACCAUCCUACUUGGAAGACGGCUGUCAUUGACUGGUUUGCGAUAUACCCUGAAGGUCUUCGGGAACAAUUGCUCUGGAUCAAUAACACUUACGGAGUAGACCAGGUCAUGAUUACAGAGAAUGGGUACCCAGACCUCAAUGACGAUCUAUUUGACGUCCAACGAAUGACGUACAUAAAGACUAUGUUACAACAGGUAUUUCUCGCCAUAAACGAUGGCAUCCACGUCAUGGGGUACACAGUAUGGUCAAUGAUGGAUAACUUCGAAUGGGUGACUGGCUACAAGACGAAAUAUGGACUCUAUGCUGUAGACUUUCUCAGUCCUAAUCUAACGCGAACGCCUCGUGAGUCGGCGAGGUUCUACUCAAGUGUGACUAAAGGAAGAAGAAUACCAAAAUACCGCGUACUGGUUGAUUAUGAAGAUGUUUAG